AAAUUCAGUUGCAUACGAAAGAGCUUGACCAUUAUUGGGUUUAUUUCCAAGCAAGCAUUCUUCAGAGAGCCUACAAACCUAACUUACAACUGAUAAAAUGGGUUUGAGCAUUAUUCUCGUGAAUAUUUUUAUAAUUACUUCCGCCUUAUCUACAGAUGGACAUUUUGGAAGAAAUUUCUGCUGUAUAGAACGUUGCACAUAUCCAUGGAUUCAUCCGUGUCAUGCAUAUGAGUAUCAAUAUCCAAGAGCUUGCCCACCUCCAUUCUACAAUCCUCCUGUCCGAGAAACAUCAAUCUCUCCCUUCAAUGCACCUCUCGGUUUGGACAAAACAGUGUUAAAAGUCUUGAAAAAUCUCACAGAAACAGUUCCUAAUUCAUUAGCAUCAUCAUUAGAUCAGGAGCGGGUUUUCACGUAUAGAGAAAGUAGUUCCGGUUCGGAAGAAAUAUUGAUAGUUUAUAGUUAACUAUGUAGUUAACUCCCC